AUGCUAUCGCGAAUUUUCGUUCUGCUAUACUUAUGCCUAUCAUGGUCUACCGCCGUGUCUGCCAUUAGUGCUUCCAAGCUUGCCGAGCUGCGGAACGCUACAACUCAGGUCUUCCACCAUGGCUGGGAUAACUACAUGCGCAUCGCCUUUCCGGAGGAUGAGUUGCGACCAGUUUCUUGUACCCCGUUGACCCGAGACCCCGCGAAUCCGGCAAACUACGACCUGAACGACGUUCUUGGGAACUACUCCCUGACCCUUAUCGACAGCCUUUCGACCCUAGCCAUCCUCGCGGGCACACCAUCCGAUCAGGACACUGCGAUAUGGGCUUUGCAAGAGUUUCAGCAGAGUGUGACGACUUUCGUCGAAUACUACGGGGAUGGCAGGGCCGGGCCGUCUGGAGAAGGAGUGCGGGCGCGGGGCUUCGAUCUUGACAGCAAGGUCCAAGUGUUCGAGACCGUCAUCCGCGGGGUUGGUGGAUUGUUGAGCGCGCACUUGUUUGCCGUCGGUGAGCUGCCCAUACCAGGUUACAACCCGGGACACAUCGACCGCGAAGACGAGGACGCAGACCCGUUAGAGCUGCCGCCGAUAUCAUGGCCCAAUGGAUUCAAAUACGAUGGACAGCUUUUGCGAUUGGCGUUGGACCUGGCAGAACGGCUUCUUCCUGCCUUUUACACCAAAACUGGACUGCCCUACCCAAGAGUUAACCUGCGACAUGGCAUACCGUUUUACGUCAACUCUCCUCUGCACAAGGUUUCGCGUGACGAUCCCGACUCACCUCGAGCAUCGAACGAAAAAACCGACACAUGUAGCGCUGGUGCAGGAAGUCUGGUCUUGGAAUUCACAGUCCUUAGCCGCCUGACAGACGACCCGAGAUUCGAGCAGCUUGCCAAGAGGGCUUUCUGGGCUGUUUGGAAGGGCAAGAGCGAGAUUGGUCUCGUUGGCAACGCAAUCGACCCUGAAAAGGGCGAAUGGGUCAGUUUCGACUCCGGAAUCGGCGCUGGUGUUGACAGCUUCUUUGAAUACGCCCUGAAAAGCCAUAUCCUGCUGUCGGGCCAUGAGCUGCCCAAUAUCACAACGCGAAAGCCCCCCACAGAUCGGCAAUGGCUCGAUCCUAACACCCUUCAUGAUACACCUCUAACUCCGGAGGAGAACUCUGCGGGAGCGUUCCUGGAAGCAUGGCACCACGCACAUGCAGCGAUCAAACGCCACUUGUAUAACGAUGCGCACCACCCGUACUAUAUGACCGGGCACAGAACCCGUGGAUACGCUUUCACGAGCUGGAUCGACAGUCUGGCGGCGUUUUACCCUGGACUUCUUGCUAUGGCAGGCGAAGUGGAAGAAGCUGAGGAAGCCAACUUGUUGUACACUGCCUUAUGGACGCGCUACGGUGCUUUGCCAGAAAGAUGGUCGGUUCGCGAGAGACAGGUUGACUCUGGAAUCGGUUGGUGGCCAGGCCGACCAGAAUUCAUUGAGUCGAACUAUUACCUCUACCGUGCAACCAAUGAUCCCUGGUAUAUUCACGUUGGAGAGAUGGUUCUCAACGACAUCAGGAGGUUGUGCUACACGAAAUGUGGCUGGUCCGGUCUUCAAAACGUCGAUACUGGAGAGAAGGCCGAUCGCAUGCAGAGCUUCUUCCUUGGCGAGACCACCAAAUAUCUCUACCUCCUCUUCGACCCAGAUCAUCCUCUGAACAAGCUCGACGCAGCUUACGUGUUCACCACCGAGGCUCAUCCGCUCAUUAUACCUCGACGGAGGACAAAACCCAAGAAGAAACAGGAGCCUCAGCGACAGGUCAAAAACAUCGACGUCUACUACGAUGAUAGCUUCACAAAUACUUGCCCGGUUGCAAAACCGGUGCCAAUGACCGGCUCAGUUCUUGCUGCCCGACCAGAUGUCUUCCAUGCCGCGAGUUUUGUCAACUUGCAUACCAUUUCUAACCCACACAGUGGGAUUGAGAUGGUCCCCGCAGGCAAAGGAGGUGACAGCUCCAUCUCCCGGUACAAGGCAAAUCAUGCCUUCUUCCCUUGGACGCUUCCUCGGUCACUGAUACCCGAUAAUGGAACUUGCGCAGCGUUGCCUUUCAAGCCAACGCUGAUCAUCGAGUUUCCGUCCAGCAUUCAGCAGAGCGGUGUUGGCAGUGCCUUCAACAAUCUCUUUGCCAACACAGCAGCCUUCAAGACACCGGUAGGUGUCAGAAUAGCUGCUCUGAAUGGACUGAAGAUACACUUCGUCCGGGAGGACUCCUACGAUGCUGCCUAUGAUCACACUUGGCGUGUGACACAAGUCAACCACAUGCCGCUUGGACGGGACGAACCCGUUCAUAUCGACGCAGAUCUUUUGAAUGGCAUAUCCGACCCAUUGUUCAACCGAGUGCGGUACAAUGGCUUCGUCGAGCUCAUCGUGGUACACGGAGAGCCGAAAGUCAAUAAUGCUAGCGAGCCUGUGCCCGCGGAAGGAUUGGAGAUUAGCAUUGACAAUAUCGAGGACCAAGUACAACUGGCCGAGGAGACCAAAUCCGAACUACAAGGGGAUCAAUCGUCGACUAAAAGCAUGAAUACAGCUUACAGGUCGAUGCUGAAGUCGAUGAUUCGCGCCGUCACGUCGGUCUUUGAUCCCACAAACACUCCGGCACCGCGUCCGGUGGGAAGCCAGACGAAGUUCUUCGUCGAGAGCUUCAUGGGAUCUCUAUCCGUCGGCAAAGGUGCAGUUCCUUUGCCCGACACGCCGGAUUCCUCCAUUCCUACAGAUGAUGAGGCGCCAAAUCUGCCAUGGCAAACUGUGUAUCUCGCCGGGUACGCUUGCGACAGCCGACUCCCUGACGAGGCGCCCCGUCAGCAUCAAGUCAUUGUCAUGCGUCGCGGGGGCUGCUCGUUCAGCGAAAAGCUGGCCAACAUUCCCUCCUUCACUCCUUCGUCGCGCGCCUUACAGCUCGUCAUCAUCGUUGACGAAGAGGAGCUUGACAACAAUUACGUCUACAGCGCCCCGGAUUUGUGGGAGUACGAGCUCAUCAAGCCUCAUCUAGACGUUGAGCAGACAACGCCAUCGGGGCUGCGGCGACCGCACCCCAUUGCCAUGAUCAUGAUUCGCGGGGGUGGGCCUGAGGCGUAUGAGAAGUUUGGCAAUGCCCUCGGGGUCGGAGUGCGGAGGAAGUACUUCAUUGAGACGCAGGGGCGGAGGGUCGACAACAUUAUUGUCCUGUGA